UUCUGGAGGCGUGAGCAGGUUGAGGGAUGGCUUUUGGGCUUUGGAUGCUGAUAUAAGAGAGCAACUCCGGACAUGUUGCUUCAUUGUCAGCACGCACAGUGGUAUUAAUCUAAGCCUUGGAUAUCAUUGACAACAAGAGCACAGUCAUCACUCUAAAGUGACUGCAUAUCAAAGGAUUACAGUUUAAAUGACAUCAGUGUUGUGCUGCUAAGGACGAUGAGAUUGAAGAGGGAUCUGAUCCUGCUGGUGCUCAUCUCUUUAUGCGUCGCUCAGAAGAAGAGCACUCAAGAAACAUGGGAGCACAGAGACAAAACAAAUGGCAAAAGCUGCUCAAACCUGACCCAAGUGCUGGACAACUGGAAAUAUGCCAUCAUGUACCAGGUGAAGGAUCUGCUGGUCAAUGACCAUGCUUCAGUCUUACCUGAAUAUGUGAGGAUCAAGUCUCUGUCUGAUGCAGUAGAUGACCUCUACAAGCAAUUCAACACCCUGAAGGACAACCUGGCCAAACUCACCAGUAAAUUUGACAAGGUAGAGGACUUCGUGGAUGAGCUGCAGGCAGGGAAAAUACCUAAAGCCUGGUUGUGGAAGACACCACAGCGUCCACCUGCGAGAGUGCCGACUCAGACACCAAUGAGGGCCUCAGGUAGAGGACAGUGGAUUCGGCGGGCAAGAGCCAGGAGAGGGCCUGGUACUUAGUGGACAUUAGUGGAAUUUUAUUGGGAUAUUGAUAUGGUGGGUUUAUUACAUACACUAAUAGUAAAAAAAAAAAAAAAAAAAAAAAAAAAAAGGGCCUUUGAUAAAUAAGGACGCUUAGCUUCCUAAAUGAGUUCCACUAGGAACUGUUUUGGAUAGGGAAAUGGUUCCUUCUAUGGUACAACCAAAGAGCCCAUAAGGGUUUUAAAUGUCUUUGAAUUGGAUUUCUAUAUUACAAAGUACGUUGUAAAACCGGAUAAGUUCAUUUAACUCAGAAAAUUUGAGGAAACUAAUUACCUCAAAAUUUUUAAGUUGAUAAAUAAAUUUCUUUAAAUACACUUAAAUAUAACAAGUUUGAGUAAAAUUUUUGUUAUAUUUAAGUGUAUUUGGCUUACAGAAAUUGAUUUAAACUUAAAAAUUUUGAGGUAAUUAGUUUCAUCAAAUUCUCUGAGUUAAAUGAACUUAUCCAGUUUUACAGUGUAUGAAUGAGAAUAUAUACCUUUAUAUACAUCACCCAAAGGUGGUGACACUGACAAAUGCCAUUAGCAUUAUUUUCACUAUAAGGAACAUUAUCAUUAAACAUGAUGAUUUAUUUUAUUAAAAUGCAAAGCUCUGCCUACAGUAUCUUGUUUUAAAAUUAGCAGCCAAAUCAGCAGGGCUGAUUACACUUGCUUUUGCAAAUCUAUAUAUAAAAUUAGAUUUAAGAGAAAUGUAUAAAUAUAAUUGCUGUGUAUCACAUACCAGAUAUAUUUUGAUCAAAUAUAUUUUGUUAAAUGUGUGCUAUAAUAAUAAAAUUUACACAUGCGUUUGAAUGUUUUUUCUUUUAGACAAGCCUCUUGGUUAAUGCUAAAGGUCUGAAAUAUGAAUAAGUCACUUAUAUACUUAAUUUACUCGUUCAACAAUCUAUGACAAUUCUGUUUAAUGCCUUCACUACAGCUGCAAAAAAAUAAUAGAACUGCUAAAAUCUGUACACAACUUUAUAACAAUCCAGGAUUAUUUCAGAUUUUAACCUUUAUUAACAGAUAAAUAAGAAAGACACAAAGAUAAUGUAUAAAAGUUUAUAACUCCUUCCAUCUCCCCUGUUGCAUUGAGCUUCCUGAUCUAGUCAUAUAUGCAAAUACAUAUAUAAAAAUACAUACCAGUAUUUUUGUGGCCAUGACGUGUAUGUGAUGUGUUUCCAAAGUUCCGGUGUUUUAGUGAUAAUUUUGUUAAAUGUUUUCUGGUUUGUUUGUUUGUUUGUUUGUGUGUUUUUGUGUGUGUGUGUAUGUGUGUGCGUGCACUUCUGCAGGAGCCAGUCUCUUCUCAUUAAAUAAAGCCAUUAAGGCCUUGACCAUGCUUCAUCCA